AUGGGAAUCUGUUCAUCUAAAAAAUAGAAUGAUGACUUGGCCUUGAAGCUGAAGCAUUGGCCAAGUAGUCCUGGUCGAAGGCACACUGGUAACAGUUUUAAAUAUGGAACUGAUCUUUACAUAAACUUAAAAAAUGGUUAGAUUGAGAAUUAUUAUACAUUUGGCGAUGUUCUUGGAGUUGGAGCAUUUGGACAAGUUAUGAAAGCUACUCAUAAGUAAAGUGGAUAGGUAAGGGCCUUAAAAACAUUGGCCAAAAAAAAGAUAAUCAAUGAAGAAAAGGAAAAAAUGUUUGCAGAAGUCAACAUUCUUCGCAAAUUAGAUCAUCCAAACAUAGUCAGACUUUUUGAAUUAUUUGAAGAUGCAAAAAACUACUAUUUAAUUACUGAGUAUUUGGUUUCUCUAAAUUUUUAGAUUAAUUUAAGGAGGCUCACUUAUAUAAAAAAUACAAGAACAAAAAUCAUUUUCUGAAGCGGAAGCUGCUUACUACAUGAGAUAACUCAUAUCCGCCUUGUAAUAUUGUCAUAAAGCCAAGAUAGUUCACCGUGAUCUAAAAUUAGAAAAUCUUAUGCUAAAUAUAGUAUCAGAAAAACCAGUUUUAAAGGUAAUAGACUUUGGUACAUCUCGUAAGAUUAUCCAAGAAAAAUACCUUACAUCUAAAUUAGGGACAGUAAUAAUGCUUUCUUAUUAGUUUCUAGCCUCAUUACACUGCCCCAGAAGUUUUUAAACAACAAUACACAGAAAAGUGCGACAUUUGGUCUUGUGGAGUUAUCCUCUAUGCUUUAUUAUGUGGGUAUCUACCCUUCAAUGGCAAAGACGCAAGACAAACACAACUAUUGAUCGAAUAUGAUAGAUGGAGUUUUGAUGAAAAUGAUUGGGCUAAAAUUUCUCCAGAAGCCAAGAAAUUUGUUAAGAAACUUAUGACAUAUAAUCCAGAUUAAAGAAUAUCAGCAGAGGAAGCAUAUCUAGAUCCUUGGCUAUAAGAACACAUAAAUAAUACAAUAGAUUUAAAAACCCUAAAUAAUUUAUAAAAGUUUGAUGUAAAUUAUUGAAAACUAUUUUUAGUAAUCUAAUGUUAUUUAAGAAUUAAUUCGAUAAUAUAUAACUUUUUAGGUUUUAACACCUGAAGACAAGAUAAAGAUUUUGGGAAAUUUCCAAUCAUUAGAUAAGGAUGGAGAUGGUAGAAUAAAUAGAGAAGAUUUGAUUUUUGGUUUAAAGGAAUCAAAACUAGAUGAAAAUGAGAUUGAAAAAUAAAUAGAUAGAAUAAUGGAAUAAUGUGACUUUAAUAAAACUGGGUCUAUUGAGUACAACGCAUUUCUUAGCAUAAUGAUAAGAUAGGAAUUAUCAGAAAAAACAAAUAAGUUGGAACAGGCUUUUAAAUAAUUUGAUUUAGAUAACGAUGGUUUCGUUAAAAAGGAAAAUCUCGAGGAUGUUCUAGGAGGUAUUAUAAUAGAUGAAAAUCAUUGGGAACAACUGCUCAAAAAAUGCAAUUCUGAUUAAUAAGGAAUGAUUAAUCAAGAAAAUUUUGUUAAACUACUAUAAUAAUUUUGA